CAGGCGCGUGGAUACCUUUACGCGCGGCGGCGGCGGCGGUGGCGGCGUAAAUGGCUCGCGAAGAGGUUGAUGCAAGAGGAAAGAGGGGCGGGGGCCAGUCAAAGUGGGACGGUAAACAGCGUGCCUGGCUCUGGCAAUAACGGUUCCGCUCACAGCGCCUGUUAGACUGCGUCUCGCGCGUGUAGUGUUUUGUUCGUCCAGGGCACGUUGCUCCCAGCACACGACGCGCAUGCUUGAAGAGACCUCGGCGCACUUGAUGCCCGCUUUGGUGAUGCCAUGCCCCGGAACCACAGCGGAGACGAAAGCGGCACCGGGCUCUGGAUGAGGACGUCGCCGGGGCACCGUAGCGAAGGCUACGGCUUGAAAGAUGUAGAGUCCGGACGGAGGAUGAUGAACAACGCGGGAGACGGUUUGCUGUCAGCCUCCACCGCAGCAGGUGCUGCCGGAGGCUCCGAGAGCCUGAGAGGGAAGCAGGGAGCCCGGCUAAGCCUGCUGGGGAAGCCGCUCAUAUACAGCGCGCACAGCGGCCGGAGAAACGUGCGCUACCGGCGCCUCCAAAACUACCUGUACAACGUGCUGGAGAGACCGAGAACCUGGGCGUUCAUCUACCACGCCUUUGUGUUCAUCUUGGUCUUCAGCUGCCUGGUCCUCUCUGUGUUCUCAACCAUCCCGGAUCAUCAGGUCUUCUCCUCUUACUGCCUCCUCAUUCUGGACACCAGACUGAACUUGCAAAUUCAAGAUGAGAUCUCACCAAGGAUUUUUAUUAUGGAGUUUGUGAUGAUUGUGGUGUUUGGAAUGGAGUACAUCAUCCGUAUCUGGUCGGCGGGAUGCUGCUGUCGCUACAGAGGAUGGCAGGGACGACUUCGCUUUGCCAGGAAGCCUUUCUGCGUCAUAGACAUCAUAGUGCUGAUUGCAUCAGUGGCGGUGGUGUCGGCGGGGAGCCAGAGCAAUAUCUUCGCCACCUCGGUGCUGCGGAGCCUGCGCUUCCUGCAGAUCCUACGCAUGGUGCGAAUGGACCGAAGAGGAGGCACCUGGAAGCUGCUGGGCUCUGUGGUCUACGCACACAGCAAGGAGCUUGUAACCGCCUGGUACAUCGGCUUCUUGGUUCUCAUCUUCUCUUCGUUUCUCGUCUACCUCGUGGAGACCAAGACCAACGAUGAGUUUGCUACCUACGCUGAUGCGUUGUGGUGGGGCACGAUCACCUUGACAACCAUUGGUUAUGGGGACAAGACGCCAAAGACGUGGACGGGACGGAUGCUGUCCGCAGGGUUUGCCCUCCUGGGCAUCUCCUUCUUUGCCUUGCCAGCUGGUAUUCUGGGCUCAGGCUUUGCCCUGAAGGUCCAGGAGCAGCACAGACAGAAGCACUUUGAGAAAAGGAGAAACCCAGCCGCCUACCUCAUCCAGUGUGUUUGGCGUAGUUAUGCGGCUGAUGAGAACUCGGUUUCCAUUGCUACCUGGAAGCCUCACUUGAAGGCGUUGCAUACCUGCAGCCCUACAAAAAAGGAGCAGGGAGAGUCGACCACAAGUAAAAUUAUUAGUAAUAAACAGAAGCUACUGAGGAGGCGUACCACUCGGAAACAUAGUCAGAAGUUGAGCUUCAAGGACCGGGUGAGGAUGGCGAGCCCUCGAGGUCAGAGCAUCAAGAACAGGCAGACGUCUUCGGUGAACGACCGGCGCUCUCCGGUGGCUGAUGCCGGGCCAGAGGGCACCAGCCCUGCCAAGGUGCAGAAGAGCUGGAGCUUCAACGACCGCACACGCUUCAGACCCUCGCUCCGCCUUAAGAGCCAGUCGCGCUCCACCACUGAUGCAGCAGACUCCAACAUGGCGGGGGAGGAUGGCUUUGAUGAGAAAGGCUGUCACUGCGAGAUCAUGGUGGAGGACUUGGUGCCUUCAGUCAAGGCUGUCAUUAGAGCGGUCAGGAUAAUGAAGUUCCAUGUAGCCAAGAAGAAGUUUAAGGAGACCCUGCGUCCUUAUGAUGUCAAGGAUGUGAUUGAACAGUACUCUGCCGGUCACCUGGACAUGCUGUGUCGCAUCAAGAGUCUGCAGACCAGGCUGGACAUGAUAGUAGGCCCACAGCCCCUGAGCAGCCGGGCCAAGACCUUUUCCUCCCCCUCCCUGCCUGUCUAUUACAGCCAGGGCAGAAAGAACUCCACCCAGGGAGUGGACCAGAUCCUCGGGAAAGGCCAGAUUCCUCUGGAUAAGAAGAUCCGGGAGAAGCUGCUGUCUGAUGGAGAUAUAUUAGAGGACAUGAGCAUGCUGGGUCGAGUCUGUAAGGUGGAGCGGCAGGUCCAGUCGAUCGAGUCGAAGCUCGACUCCCUGCUCGACAUCUAUCGUCAGGUUUUGCACAAAGGCUCGUCUUCGGCCCUCACGCUCUCCUCUCUGCCCCUGUUCGAAUUGGAGCAAACCUCUGACUACCAUUCCUCUGUCUUUAGCAAGGACCUGUCCAGCUCCACCCAGGUCAGCAGAAGUGGAGCGCUUCCCCCUGGCAGCAACUCUCACCCCUCCCAGGGAGGACUCCAUCUCAUCCUGGCGCCGCCCAAUGAGCUCAACCUCAAUCUCAACGCCUCCUCUUCCACCGGCCUCACAUCUUCCUCUUUCAGCCCGUCUCCGUUGCCUCACCACCACCACUACCGUCCUCAUUAUCAUCCCCACCACACCCAGGCUCAGGCCACCACGCCUGAAAGUGGCACUGACGAGGCUGUGGGGAGCUCUCCACCCGUACUCACCCCAAACAGUAUCAGCAGUGGCGGUUGUGGAGGAGUUGGAGAUGGAGGGUUUCCUCUUCUGGCGAGGCUUCUGCCACCACCCCCUUCGAGCCGGAGUGGGGGCCCGAGCAACUUGCCACAAGCCACUUCCGCAGAAGUGUCCCCUGACAUGGAGGACUUUUGUGGAGGUUUGGGGAUGCAGUUGGAGGGCACCAGUGUUGGGGAGGACUUUGGCCAUGGGUUGGAGCUGGGCAGACUGGGGCAGAAGCUACAGGGCAGCGCCAACGGCAGGCUGAAUACAAAGGAUGAGGGCUCCUGGAGGAGACAAAUGAGCCUGGAGCUGCAGCCCCUGGUGCCACCUGCCCCUGGCUGCUGCUCCGGCUCCAGCCAAACGGACCGAGGCUUGGGCAAGUCCAUGUCGGUGCAGAACCUGAUGCAGGCAGCCCCAGGGACUGUCCAGGACGCCCAGCACAGCCACGGCCUCUCAUCUCCGAGCCCCAGUACAAGCAGUGACUCGCCCAUUGGCUUCCACAGCUGUAGCCAAGACCCUGGGGGAGGAAGGGGGGGUGGUGGUGGUGGUGGUGGUAAAGGCAGGAGUGGUGGAGGUGGAUGGGGUGAGGAGGACCUCUUUAUCAGCGAUAGGGAUCUGGAGGCGCAGGGGUUUGACUUCCUGUCACUGGGGGCUGCUGAAGGCCACACCUACUCCUCUGAGCUGCUGAGGACAGAGAGCAGUGUUGGGGCAGGCGCCCGCAGCUCUAACCGCAGCCUGGCCAGUGCUCACACAGCCUCGCCCUCCGCUGGCAACACCGAAUUGCUGAACAUGCCACACGUGCGGCUAAAAUAAACUUGCCUAUCUGUUCAGAAGGCACGCAAAUCUCACCUCACAGAGUUUUUAGCCUUUUUGGAGGGGAGUGGGAGGGUGGGGGAACUGUGGGAACUUCUUUUUUGUUAAUUUUCAUGUUGAUCCAUUUGAUAAGAAUCACAGUAUUUUCAUACAGGAUGAUCACAUACGGUAUGGCAUACCAUUGCAUGAGUUACUCUUAGUUUUACAGUGUGAUUGACAAAUCUGAGAUAAAAGAUGAAGAUGUGCACAAUGGGAGCACAACCCCCCCAAACCUGAGACUUUGCUAUUAAACUAAGCCAACUAAACUUGGUCCUGAGAGACGGUUGGUUGAUACUGUACAGUAUGUGACCUUAAGACAGAGCAUGAGCAUUGCAUGUUUUCAGUCAAAAGUACUGACAUUAGCAAGAAACAGUUUACACUUAAAGUAAGAAGGCAUGGACAACAAACACUUUCUUUCCAUAUUGAAGUGAAUGUUAACUUACCACUGGCAAACGUUCGAUUUUAUGUCCAUAACAUUCUGUCCGUUUUAGAAAAACAGAUAACCUCCUUAAGAUUAUAUCCUUAAAUUAUAUGAAUUACUAUCCUCAACCAAUGACUUUGGUUGCCCACAAUCUUUUAAAAAAUCCUCCACACAAGGGCCAUAACAGUGUACAUGCUAGUUUUAGUUUGAAAACUACAGGUCUUGUUACCAUUUUUUCUGACCAUUUCCAAAACUUUUCUUUUAGGCAUCCAUUGGUUUGCAAUAAUGUCCAAACAGUAAAUCAAUUAGCAGAUUCCUGAGACGUGCUUGAGUUAUGUAAUAUAUUACAGUGAACAUCAGGCCAUUUUUAUCAAUUUUACAUGAUGUGGUUCUGCAGUUUAAAAUCACUGUAAAAGAAAUUACUUGAAUGACUUGAAACAAGCAAGUUUGAAAAGUCUGCUAACUGAUUUGCAUCAUACUGCCAAACAACAGGUAAAAUACUUUCUAUUUCUAUUACUAUUUCUGUAACACAGCAUGUUAAAUCCAAACAAAAACUAAAACAUGCAGAACACAGCACUGGUGAUGUCGUUUCAUUUAUUUUUUCUUAUUUUAGUUAAACUCUGAAUUGGUGUGUAUCUUAAUCUGGAACUCUUUGACAACCAUAACUUGUUACUGAGGAGUACCGCAUGAAAGACCAAACCGGAAAGAGAAAUGUCAGUGUUGCUGUAACUGCAAAAUAUUUGGACGCUUAUUAACGAUGUCACUUCUGUCAACAGCCAACUGUACAAUGAGGUUGAAAGCAAAUACACGCAUGUACACACACACCUGUAUACGCACACAGGCAACUGUGACUCUACAUGUCCAUUAUGCUGGGGAGGGUCUAAGGUACAGUCCAGUCCAGAUGAGAGGAACAAGGAGCAGAAGUUGCUUAUUCUCAGACCAAUUUUGCCCCGGCUGGUUGGUUUUCCAGCCAGUAGUCUAAAUCUACGACGUUCCACUUCUAGGAUUGCUCUGGUGCCGCCAGAUGUCACUCUUUUCGGCCGGAUGUCCAUUACCUUCCUCUUUCUUUGUGUUGUAAUUUUAA